CUUUCAUUUUCUUUUUUAUGACUUGCAAGUCCAUUUUGUGUUCCACCGAUAGAAGCAGCAAAACAUCUCGUGGAACGAGAAUUUCUCACUCUUGGGCCCAAUUGGGAGCUUGUUGUCCUGAACUUUCAUAUGUUUUGUCGUCAUAUGAAACGUUGUUGUUAAGAACAAUGGAAGAAAAGGCUGUCACUUAUCUAUCUUGCCAUCGUAAUCGUACUGUCUUUUACUCUGAAAAGACUGUAGUGAGUUGUAUUUUUGGGUUUUAUAGCAAUACGACACUCGGUUUCUUGAAUAACUUAGCACACCAGUAUGUUGUCUGGAAUAACUGUAAAAGAUGUCAUAGAAGUUUGAUUUGCUCUUCAUGGAAGGAGCAUUCGAGUCAUUGGGGUUCCAAAGUAGAAAAGAAUCUGACCAAACUCUUUAGAAGAAGAACAACGUGGAAAGGGACACCAACAACUCUUCCCACAAACUCUUCAAAGCAGAACCAAGUAUUAGCCACAACUGUUUUGGGAGGUUAUGUACUUGAUGGAGAAGAGGGUGAAAGAAGAGCAAGUAUGGAAACACUUGUGGCAAAAGUCGAAAAGGAACCUCCCAAAGAGGAGAAAGUAGAAAACCAGAGUUUCUCGGUUUCUUCUGCUAUGCAUAAUAGUGAUAAUAAUGGAACUAUUGGAUCCUCAGAACUACCUAUAACUGUAAUAGUGGGUCCCGAUAUCGAUGGAAGGUUAGAGUUGGUUAGACACGCUAUGAACUCGUUAGCUUCCGAUCUACGGAUCGUCUAUCUUGGUUUAAUAGGACCUCCUGGGUUCAAGCAGAUUCAAGAAAAUUUUCGUAGGGUUAUUUCUGCUCAUGAUAAGAGAAGAGGUUCGCAAAUGUUACUCAUGGAUAAGAAUGAAGUCCAUACAGAAACUGACAACAAAGAAGAAGAAGAAGAAGAAGAAGAAGGGUUCGUACGUGACAAAGAAGCCAUCUCGAAGAGUAAGAUGGGAGGUAUUCCAGGAAGAGUGGCGUUUUGUGCCAGUAAAGAAGAAUUAUUUGAACAACUUGAAAGUAUUGUGAAGGAAGGAAAGAGUGAUUACGUUAUACUGGAUGGGGGUGCAACUUCAGAACCUCAAGUCAUUGCAAAGAUGAUAGAAUCCAAUUUUCCUUCGGAAGAGAAAAGAAAUGCUGAACGCAUUGUUCGUAUUGACUCUCUAGUGACUGUAUUGGAUGCUUCCAAGUUUCUGGAAGAAAUGCAUAAUCCAGAUAGUCUUGCUAAUGACAUUGGAGAAACUGAAAUGGAUGCCAGUCAAAUCUUUAUAUCUCAGCUGGAAUAUGCCAAUUUGAUUGUUCUUAACAGAGUUGACGAGCUAUCAGAACAAAGUCUCAAUGAGUUGGAACAAGUUCUGAAAGUAUUGAAUAUGGAUGCUUUGAGAAUAAGAGCACUUUCUGGAAAGAUUCCAGUUUCCUAUUUUGCGAAUUGUAGUAGUUAUGGUACAGAUAAGAGAGUUUCAAAUGAUAUGGAUUCCAUGAUGAAUAAUGCUAUCGAUAACAAAGAUGAGAAUUCUGUGGAGAAUCUUCCAUUGACCAAGCAGGAAACAACAACAUCCUCUUCAGAAAGGAGUGAGUUUGCUAUCGUUCCUGAAUGGCUUUCUACAUAUUCAUUUGUAUACAAUGUCGAUCGUCCAUUUCAUCCCAAACGUUUAUACUCUCACAUUUCGAAUUCGGAAACUUUCCGAGGUAUUAUUCGGUCUAUUGGAAAGAUUUGGUUGGCAACUAGAAUGGAUAGUCCUUUGGAGUGGAAUCAAGUGGGUAGUACAGUUUCUUUGAAAAGAGGUUCACCGUUUUAUGUUACAUUACCCAAGGAGGAAUGGCCAAAAGAUGACAAGUCAAGAAGUGAAAUAUCAGCGAGUUGGAAUAAACGGUUUGGAGAUAGAAAGACUGUUAUUGUUUUCCUUGGCAUCGAUAUGAAUAGAAAUCAGUUGGAAAGAAUGUUGGAUAGCUGCUUGCUACAAGACGAAGAGAUGGUAUUUACAGAUGCUUGGGCGAGCUUUGAGGAUCCCUUUCAGGAAUUGGUUCCUGUGAGUGAAAGUUCUACAAAGUCUGAACAGAUUCAAGUGGAACAGUUGCAGUCACAAGACCAGUCGGAAAAUAAGGAUACUGCUUCAAUGAAUGGAAGUCAAGAAACUACGUAUGACGUUCAGAAAGCUUCUCCAAUUGUACCUUCAGCUUUUGAUAUAUUAACUUCGCUUCCUUCAGAAAGCGAAUCAGACGCAAUGGAAAGUACAUCGUUGCUUACGGUAGACUUUCUUAAUGAAACGAAUGAGCCGCCAUCAUUAGAAGCAGAGAACAGUUACAUUCUUAGAGAAGGUGACCCUCAUAAGACACAAGAGAUGUUGCAGACUUUUCCUAAGAAUGGUCUGCCUAUUACAAUAUUAACUGGUUUUCUAGGAAGUGGUAAGACUACUUUGUUGAACUAUAUACUUUCCCAAUCAGGUUCCAUGAAGAUAGCAGUAGUUGUGAAUGACUUUGGUGAGUUGGAUAUCGAUAGUCGUUUGGUAGAAAAGAGUAUUUGGAAAGACAAGGGAAACUUAUUAGUAGAACUGAGCAAUGGAUGCAUCUGUUGUAAUGUGAACGGUUCUUUUGUGGAAUCUCUUCAACAUUUAAAGGGUCAAGAGAAAGAAUUUGACUAUGUUAUUGUGGAAACUACGGGACUAGCAGAUCCAGUACCUCUCAUUCAUUCGAUAGUUUCUACUGAUUUGGUGGAUGAAUAUCGAAUAGAUGGAGUCUUGACGUUGGUAGAUGCUUCCAAUUUCGAUACAACUCAUCAUUUUGAUAGUGAAGUUGCUUUGAAUCAGAUUCUAUCAGCGGAUGCAGUUCUUGUUUCCAAGACAGACUUGGUUUCUCAGCAAAGACUUGACGAUAUUAUGAAGUUUUUGAACAGAGUGAAACCAGGUAUUCGCGUUCUCCGUUGUAUUCGAGGACGUGUUCCAUUACCUUUGAUAUUGGAUAUUGGCACAAGUGUUGAAGCCAUGAAACAAUCGUUAUCGCUGGAAAAUAAUCAAAAGGCCAACUCUUUACAUGAGCAUCCGCAUUUAGAUGAUUCUCUUCAUUCACAACACUUGCAUCAAGAAGCGUUUGUAUCUGUGUCAUUUGAGAGUGAAAAGCCUUUUGAUGUUCGCCAGCAAAAGGACUUUUGAAAUUUGAUGGUUAUCCUCAACGUUAUAUCUUCCAACUUUCAGGAAGACGAGCUGACUUUGAUGAAGAUGAAUGGCCAAAAGAUGAACCUUCCAAGAAUCAGUUGGUACUCAUUGGUCGUGAACUGGAUGCGAAACAACUGGAAAA